AUCCAAACCCUCUCCUCUCUUUAGUUAUCUCACUCCUUUAAUCACAUUUUCAAUUUCCAUGGCUUCCUUUGUUCUCUUUUUCGUUCUUUUGCUCACUUUUCUUUCCAAUUCAGAAGCAAGGAGACUCACCGAGUCCGAUCAAACGCAGCAAUUAACCUUCCAAUAUCACAAUGGCCCUCUUCUCACUGGUUCAAUCUCUGUUAACUUGAUAUGGUACGGGCAAUUCAAGGCUUCUCAACGUACAAUCGUUUCCGAUUUCAUCUCGUCUCUCAGCUCAUCUGCAAAUCCCACCAUAGAAAAGCCUUCCGUGGCCGCAUGGUGGAAAGGGAUAGAGAAAUACUACUCCCUUGGAAUGGGGAAGAAGCUUUCUUUUCUUUCUCUCUCAUUGGGUGCACAGAUUCUUGAUGAAAACUAUUCCUUGGGGAAAUCUCUCACCAACAACCAAUUAGUGCAAUUGGCAUCGAAGGGUGCCCAGAAAGACGCCAUUAAUGUUGUGUUGACGGCCGCGGAUGUGGGGGUCCAAGGGUUCUGCUCCAGCAGAUGUGGGACUCAUGACUCUGCCCUGGGAUCAAGGAAGGGAUCCAAGUUUACUUACAUCUGGGUUGGUAACUCAGAGACCCAGUGCCCGGGUCAAUGUGCCUGGCCAUUCCACCAGCCCAUUUACGGACCACAGAACCCGCCUCUGGUGGCACCAAACAACGAUGUGGGUCUUGAUGGUAUGGUAAUCAAUUUGGCUGGUCUAUUGGCUGGAACUGCCACUAACCCCUUUGGAAAUGGGUACUAUCAAGGACCAAAGGAGGCACCCCUCGAGGCUGCAUCCGCGUGCCCCGGCAUCUACGGUAAAGGGGCCUACCCUGGUUACGCCGGUGACCUGUUGGUGGACGGUACAAGCGGUGCCAGCUACAACGCCAAUGGUGUCAAUGGAAGGAAGUACUUGCUCCCUGCUCUGUUCGACCCUGCAACCAACGCUUGUUCCACUCUAGUUUAAAAGGAGGAGCUACCAUCAGUAAAUGAAAUUGUACAAAACAAAAUUAUGUUAAGAGAUUCAUUGAUUUAUUAUUCUUUUCAUGCCACGGUUGAAUAUUAAUGAAAUUUCACAAAUAUUUUCCUCUUAC